AUGGAUCAGAAGGAGCUGGCUGAGCGUCUGUGGAGCAGGGUUUCUUCUGGACGUUCUCAGCGUAAACUGAAGGUGGAUCUGCAGCAGAGGUUUGAGUGUGUGUUUGAGGGCAUUGCUAAAGCAGGAGCCCCCACCCUCCUGAAGCAGAUCUACACCGAGCUCUACAUCACAGAGGGAGGCUCUUCAGAGGUCAACCAGGAACAUGAGUGGUCAGCUCUGGCCUUCAUCUUACUGUCAUCAGAAGAAAAUCUGGACCAGUUUGAGCUGAGCAGAUACUGUGCUUCAGAGGAGGCUCUCCUGAGGCUGCUGCCAGUGGUCAAGGCGUCCACCAAAGCUCUACUGAGCCGCUGUGAGCUACUGAGCUGUUGUGAGCUGUCAGACAGAAGCUGUGGAGCUCUGGCCUCAGUCCUCAGCUCCCAGUCCUCUAGUCUGAGAGUCCUGGACCUGAGUCUCAACGACUUGAAGGACUCAGGGCUGAAGCUGUUGUCUGAUGGACUGAAGAGUCCUCACUGUAAACUGGAGACGCUCAGUCUGUCAGGUUGUUUGGUGUCAGAGGAAGGCUGUGCUUCUCUGGCCUCAGCUCUGAGGUCCAACCCCUCCCAUCUGAGAGAACUGGACCUGAGCUACAACCAUCCAGGAGACACAGGAGUAAAGCUGCUGUCUGCUCUGCUGGAGGACCCCCACUGCACCCUGCACACUCUCAGGUAUGGUCUGUAA